UCGAAGUAUUUCUCCAUCUGCAGAUUCGGAGACGUUUCGAUACUUAGGGUGAUGUUAAAGAUGAUAGAAUGUGGCCUGGCACGUAUACAGUCCUUAACAACAAAGCUUGGGAUAAGAUUAACACCUGAUGUUAACUUAUUAUUUAGUUUCCAAGACGCUUCUGCAAAGACAUCAGCCUGUUGGAAAACCGAGGCAACUCUAAAUUGAGAUUGCUUACAUCAGACAGUUGGUAAACAGUAGAGAAAUAGCUGGCAAAUUCAUUUACAAUUUCUUGUGGACAUUUAUUGAAAUAAAGCUUUG